GUAGCAUAAUUUUUCUUAUUCAAGUACUUUUAUACUUGUAUGUAACACUUACGGAAGUGCAAGAUUAAUGUCAAGUGGCCACUUGCAGAAGAUAAGAAGGAAGAAAAUAAACGGAGAGUUAAAGAUAAAUAUUACGGCAUCCAAAACCAUUAUAGACAUGGUGAUUAAAAGGAACCUAAAUCAGUGUAAAACCCGGGUCAGCCAUAGGCAGACACUCAUUACCAUCUGAGAAAAUGUAACAUUCAAGUCAUUGCAGUUCGGAGGAAAUACGUAUAUCUGCCGUAUAUCGCUUAUCUAUAGCGAUCGAUUUCAGCAUUACACAGUAGAUAAGUAAACUUGAGAGGAUAUUGUGUGCAGAAGACGAUUUGCUGAUAACGUUCCUUUCUAGGUUUUAUGUGAAUUUGAGUCAUGGUGGUGGGACCAGGUGACCAUGGACUCCAGGCAGACAUUAUUUUUGUCAUUGAAGGAACAGCAAUUAAUGGAGCUUAUUUAAAUGAUCUCAAAUCACAUUAUGUUGUACCAACACUGGAGUACUUUAGUCAGGGGACCAUUGAAGAACGAGAUUAUGUAGCUGAGAGCACAAGUACUCAGUAUGGUCUGGUCAUUUAUCAAGCAGCUGACUGUCUUCCUAACCCCAGUAGCGAUUGCUUUGGGCCUUAUUCUAACCCACAGAAGUUGCUGAACAUCCUUGAUAAGAUUGAGUUGGUGGGUGGCAAGGGAGAAUCACAUGCCAAUAUUGCCGAAGGACUUGCUACAGCAUUGCAGUGCUUCGAAGAUCUGCAACAGAGGAGGGAGCCAAACAUAUUACCGCAGAAGCACUGUAUACUGGUUUGCAACUCUCCUCCUUAUCUUUUGCCUGUUAUGGAGUCUCCCACCUUUGCCGGACACACCGUGGAGCAGUUAGCAGUUCUUCUACAAGAGAGGGGUAUCCAUUUAUCGGUCCUAUCGCCUCGUAAGAUACCGGCACUUUUCAAGUUGUAUGAGAAAGCUGGAGGUGAUUUGCAGACGUCACAGACAAAGAACUACGCGAAGGAUCCUCGCCACCUAGUUCUACUUAAAGGAUACAGUUUAAAGGAGCGACCUAUCAGCCCCACACCAGGACCCAUUGGUCACCCCACAGGAAAUAUUUCUUCGAUGCCGUCAUCUAGCCCGAAUCAAAACAAUGGAAGUCCCAUGGGUACCUUGGCACCCUGCCCUGGUGGAGCAACAGGUAUGCCACAACAGCAGACUCCAAUGAUGAAUUCACAAGGGGUGCAGCCUACCGUGUUCAGACCCACUCAGACACAGGGACUAGUGAUGCCUCCUCAACAGCAGCACCCGCCACAGGGUGUCAUGCAUCCAAACCCCAGAAACACCAUAUUAUUUCCCCAACAACCUCCACAGUCCUAUUCUUCCCAAGGUAUAAUGGUGCAGAAUCGUCCCCCAAGGUGGCCUCUGCCCAUGAUGCAACCUCAGCAGCAGUCACGCCAGUUUCCAAACCAAAGUGCCCUCAUUGCCCAGCUGACACAACCAACAAUGGGUACUGCAGUAAAUCCUACAGCCUUGGCCGUGACUGGGCAAUUCAAUCAAAACAAUCCUACGCCAGUGAUGAGCCAGCAGCAGCAGAUGCACAAUAUGUCAAGGGUACCUCAGCAACCUGGACAAGGUGGUUCAAUGAACUUACCAUCUAUGGUUGGUCCUGGACCAGGGCAGCAACCAGGUCCAGGGCAGUCGGCACCACCGCCGCCACAAUCGAACCAGUCUGGCACCCCUUCAGGUCAGCAACCACAAACUAUAGGCCAACAACAGACUGUUGCAGCUCCGCAACAGGGUACACCUCCAGGUGGUCCUGGGCAGCCAUCAGCACAACAACAACCAGGGCAACAGACUGCAGGUGGAAACCAACAGCGGCAGACAAUAUGGCAGGGUGUUUUGGAAUGGAUUGAAAAAGCCAAGAACCCCAAUGAUACUCAGAAACUUACACGGCAUGUUCCCUGUCAAGUAUCUGCUAACCCAAGAGACGGUGAACCAGACCUGAAAGCUGACUCAUGGCCUCAGAAGCUUAUAAUGCAACUGAUGCCAAAGCAACUGAUUGGGAACAUUGGUGGUGCAUAUUUGAAGAACUCUAAGUCUGUUCUGUUCCAUCCUCAAAAUUGUGAAGCACUCGAGUCUCUCACCAAAGUUAUGAGUUCAGGUUUUGCUGGGUGUGUUCACUUCACAAGUGUUCCUUCACCGCAAACAUGUGACAUCAAAGUUUUGAUACUUCUGUACACAUCAGAGAAACGUGCAUUUCUUGGGUUCAUUCCCAAUGAUCAAGCAGCAUUUGUUGAUAGACUUCGUAAGGUGAUCCAGCAUCAGAAGACUACCCAGGCCCUAAUCAGGCAACAAGGCGGCCAGGCCAAUGCUGGAGCCCUUCAAGCUCCAACAGCUGGGGUGAGCAUGACUCAACAGCAGCAGCAACAGCAGCAGCAGCAGCAGCAGCAGCAGCAACAACAACAGCAGCAACAACAACAACAACAGCAGCAACAACAGCAGCAGCAGCUGUCUGGAUCUAUGGGGGCUCCGGGAGGUGGGCCACAACCAGGUCAACAGCAAACUAACUCGCAGCAAGGCCCACAGGGGGGAAUCAUGAUGUCUCAAACUAACCCAAUGACCAUGGGCGGUGGCCAGAUCACUCAGAAUGUAGUGACAUCAGCAGCCCAGCAGAUGCAACAGCAGGUUGUUUCUUUGGGACAACAAGGGGCAGGUGGUCCAGGUGCUGGAAAUAAUCAAGCUUCUCCUGCACAGUUGUCGGCUCUGCAGAAUGCAGAGAGACACUUGGGAGGUCCAGGUGGCAACCAACAACAGCCUGGUGCAGGAGGGCCCAUAAGAGGUGGUCAGGGGAUGAUGGCAGGGGCCCCUCAGCGCCCACCUUUCGAUAACAUUGAAGCUGCACGUCAGCAGAACCUGGCAAAGAUCCAGCAUUUGAGGCAGACUCUUGAAGCAGCCCAGCAACAGGAGCUUCAAUACAAGUCACAACUUGAAAUUAUCAGUCACAUCAAGAUUCAGCAGCUUCAGCAGAAUUUGGAAAUGGCUCAGCAGCAGGAAAUACAGUUCAAGGCUCAGAUGGAGCAAGAGCAACAGAAACAGCUGCGUGUACAGCUGCAGCAGCUGACACAACAGCAGCAACAACAGCAGCGCCAGAUGGCUCCUCAAGGUAUGCAGCAGUCCCAGGCACAGCAGCCAAACCAGCAGCAGAGGAUGGUAAGACCGGUGCUGGCCAACAAUCCUGGGCUCAGACAUCUCCUUCAGCAGCAGCCGCAGUAUCGCCAACAGGUACUGAACAUGCAGCAGCUGGGAGGUCUCCGAGGGCAGCAGCAAAACCCUGGUGGACAGCCUCAACAGCAACAAUUUGAUGAAGUUGCCACAUUUGACUUCCUCAACUAGGGUAUGAAUGAAAUUAAUUUCAACAAUCUGAGUAGCAAAGCUUCAUGUACAUAUAAUACAUUGGCAGCAGUGAAGUAAGGUUAUACUAAUUUCCAUAUUGGGUUCCGUUAGAAAAGAUUGUAACUUAAAAUCUGUGAACACUUGUUGCUCAGAUACAUGUAUUACUUGUAAUCUUCACUGAUGAUCAAAUGCUUCUGUUGCAUUCUUUAAUGAAAAUUCCUUCAGCAAAAAUUAAUACCAUAUUUAAAUUGGAGAAAAUGUGAGCAGUGCAGUCCAAUGAUCCUCGUAUCUUGUAGAAUUUAGUUUUUUCUUCAUGUUCUUGAGAGGUGCUGUCCUGAGAUUUUUACACUAUUAUUGCGGAAGAAAUGGUUCAGUCACCGUUUAGCCAACUGGCGCGGCUUGUUGCCCGAGAGUCUUUCACCUACUAUAAAUUAUUUCCAGUAAAGAAGAUGCACUUUGACUUCUGAUUGAAAAUCAAAACAUAAUGGAUUUGUUUUAGGAUAAUAAAAUUGUUGCAAGGCUUGAAAAAUUAGUCUGAGAAUAAUUUAAACUUUUUUCCAUUUAAUGACGGUUUAAGGAACCAUAAUCAUGUUUUUGGAUAGUAAAUAUGAACCUACUCAGUAGUUAAGAGAUUUUUAAUGCUUAUCAUAGCUAAAUAGUAAUAUUAUAAUUUUAUGAAUGUUUUAUUCCAUGAAUAAUUUUUCUGUAUUAUUUAUUUAAAAAUUAGGUAGCAAAUCAAACUUUUGGAUUAACACUGAAUUUAUUCUUUUUGUGUCAGAUUUUUAAUUUAUUGUCUUUAAAAGAAUAAGAAUGAACAGAGCUAUUGUUCACAGCUUUCUGUUUUUAAUUUACCAGGUUUCUUAUACAAGAUUCAAAUUAAAUUAAUGUGAACAAUUGGAAAUGUUGAUAUUUUUGUUGUUCAGAAUCUGUUAUUUAAUAAAGUGUAUGGAAUAUUUUUUCCAUAUACUCAAGGGGACUAUCUUAUUUGAUGAAAAUAUGAAAUUUUAUAUCAGUGUAAUGUUUUAUAUUAUAAUCACGGUUGGAAAUCAGUAUAUGCUGAAUUUGUAGAAAACCUUAUUUAAUAUUGUUAUGUAAUUAUAUCCAUUAAUUUCUUCAUACAGAUUUUUGUGUGUACCUGGAUCAACUGUCAUUUGAAAGUACAUACAUCUGAAUGGUACAUGAUCACUUAAUCAUUACUUACAUUGCAGAUUGGGAGAAAAGGUUAAUCUUAAAGUAUACAUUACAGUAUAUGUUAAUUAGGUGUGGGCAGUUGGAUUAUUGGAUGUGUAGUUCCAUCUGCAGUUCAUUCUGGUAUUUUAGAAACAAUAUGGUAUUUAUUAUGUUACAUAUUGACAGUUCUGCUGAAUCCUACUGAGAUCAAACCAAACUUGUAAUACAGUAAUAUUAAAAUUCAUAUAUCAUAA